AUGACGACUGGCUUCGACGAAAUCCGCCAUCAUCUCGGCUCCACACCUCUAAUGCAGGUCAUCACCCAUGCGCGUAUGAUCACGAUCGACUUCAACUCACAUCGGUCCCAGCAUUCUGGCGCUCCAAUCAUUACACGUAUCGUAUGGGCAGGGGACUUCAUGACCCAUGACCUGCUCUCUCUGCAUUUGACAAUGGCUAUCACGCUUCCUGAGCAUAUCAUGGGACAACAACCACAUGGAUCCUCAGCGUCUACCAUCCUGCACAUCUCCCCAGAGCAAGCGUUUUACAAUCUCAUACGCCUCGCAACGCUGACGUUCAUACUUCUAAUCCUCUUCCCCAUGCCUCGUGUCACGGACUUGCGUGCCAGGCUAUCCAUGCAGCUCAUGACGGCCCUCGAUAACUGUAAAGCACUGGAGCUCUAG